AUGAACUCUUAACAAUAUUAGCAAGAAAUCUGGGAUAUGAGAGUCGCAGUCAGAGUAGAACUCUAAGAUAGCAAAAUACCGCCCAUGUAUCUCAUGAUUUAUAGAUAACAUUAUUUGCUUUUCUAUUACCAAUAGAUCUUUGAUCAUUUUCACUCCUUUACUCCUUAGGUUAAUAAAAUAAAUCAAAUUACUUUCCAAUGCAAUGAAGUUCAGUUACCAUAUUAAAUACCUUUUGGGGUGUUGGUGGAUUUACAUCCUAGUGAGGACAUAUUCAUGCCUAUUGAAUUAAAAUUAAUCUACACAAAAGAAACACAUUUUGUCGAUUUAGAAGAUGAAAUUAAGAACCAAAUCAAAUUUAAUCUAAAAUAGGCUUGCUUUGGUCGUUACAACCAUGAGGGAUAUGGAACUCCACUUAAAAAUUUAACAUAAUAUAUGUCCAUAAGCGAUGAAAAGUAAGCCUUAAAGCAAAUCAAGUCAUUUGAAAAUAAGGAGGAUCUCUAUAGAUAUUAUAAGAAAAUAUUCGAAUCCCCUAAAACUGGAAGGAUAUAACUUCCUAUUAGAAUAUAUUUCAAAACUGGAGGUCACUUAUAAACUAUAAUUGAAUUGAAGGACUAAUAAUUAACAAUAGGGCAAGCCUUAAGCACCAAAUUGUAGGGAGCUACUUUUAUAUUCAACGGAGCUCACUUAAAUAUGAGCAUACCAGCUCAAGAUUUUUAUGAUUAGCUUUACUCAAUUGAUGGAUUUUGUUAUUUUGUUUGUGAGUGA